CACUUGAGCCCGAUAGCUGCAGCAGCAACAAGCCCUUGUGGUAGUUUGUGCCGUGUUAAGAAGCGCGACAAUUGCCACUGCAGCUGCUUUGGUCUCGAACUAGGACCCGCCAAAAUGUUGUUUAAUUCUCCCACCUUCUGAUCAACGUGCGCGAAACGACAGCUCGUCAUCGAAUGGAGAAAGGCGAAAUGGUCGUUGAGCAUCAUGCAGUAGCCGGUGUGGAUGAUGCGUGCCAGUUCGCUAAGGGACACUACAACUUGUUGAUGGUUGACGGGCUAGGUGUCUUCGUCCGCGAUUCGGGCUCGGCCUGAGCUCGCAGUUCAGGCGACGAAAAGUGUCUCUCCAUUUGGUGAACCGGACAGAGCGUUAAGGGAAAGAGGAGCUUGUCUAGAGGGUGACGAUGUCUGCCACUUCACCGGGGGUGACACUCAGUGGGGCCUCCAUUCCCGGGGGCGGCUAUUUUCCUGAAACAUUCCUUCAAAUGAGCAAGCGAAUUGCUCAGAUGACACAGGUAAUCUACUCAUUAAACAACAAGAUUGAGGUGCAAGAUUUAGCACUGCAUGCUAUCAAGGAGCACUACGAAAAUUCACUCAAAAAGUGUCUAUAUGACGCGUCGAGUCAACAGCAAAAAGCCGACGAUACGCAUCGAUUGGCAUCUCAUGUUCAAAUGCUGGAAAUGCAAUUAGCCGUAGAACGGGAGAAACACCGCAGGUUACAGCAGCCGCAGCAGCAGCCGCAGCAGCAGCAAUCGAGCUUAUUCGAGCAGACGACCACAACACCUAUCGCUACGCCACCUGUAACUAGAGAUCUCGCCAUGCUCUUUCAGGAACUGAGAGAUAAAGAAACCGAAUUUGAAAAAAAAUUAAGUGAAUUCGAGCAUUUGCAUAAUGAGAUGGCAGCUUUUUCGUCCUGCGUGACAGCCGUGCCAACUUCAGAUAGGUCCAACAACGUCGACAGCGCCUGUUGUAGCACCGCAGUCGACAGCAGCGCCAUUCAACAAGGGUCAUACGAAAAACAUCAUGUACUUCUAACAACAACGACUGAUUUCGAGUUAUCGGAAGACGCGAUGGCGGCGGCCUGCCUCAAACGAAAACGCAACGAGACGGCGAAUAAUCCCAGCGCUCUCGUCAAAAGUGGACCUUGUUCAGUAUCGAAAUUAAUUGCACAGUUCUCGACGCGUAACGAGGACCCGAAAGAGGUUAGCGAUACCUCAGCAAAUGUUGCUGCUUCGCUUUCGCCGUCGCCGUCGAGUGGUGUCAAGCUCAAAGCUAUUAGCAUUGACAGGAACAACUUCCCUAAGGGUGGGCAUUUUUCCAGAGGAGAGGAGCUGAUCAAAGCUAGAGACAAGAUCAGCAUGCUGGAAGCGACCAAGACGGAGCAGGAGAUUGUGAUCAACAAACUCCAGACUGAAGUGGUGAAGCUCAAAGAGAAGGUACGACAUUUGUGUAAACUUCGCCAGGAUUUGCUCGAACAACGCAGCCAGGUCGAGGACCGGGUCCGCUCUGUACAGAGGGAGCGAGACCAUGAUAUUAGUACACGCGACAGCAGAAUCCGUGAGUUAGAAGACGAACUCGAGCAAUACGAAUGCAAGAUGGAGUAUCUCGAGCAUACUCAGGUGCAUCUGCAGAGAAGUCUCCUUGCGUCCGAGAAUAAAACACCGAAGCUCCUCGAGGAGCUGCAGAAGAUUAGCGCAGAUUUGGCCGAUUGUAAAAGCGAUCUCAAAGAGAAAAAUCAGAGGAUCCACGAAUUGGCUAAUUCGGUCAUGACAAAAGAGGCAAUGAUUGAGCGAUUACAAAACGACCUCAAAGCCUUCAAGAAAGAGGCUGCCCAGGAGAUGGAGAAGCGGUUCUUGUUGUAUACAGAGGAGAAAGAACGUCUCAUGAGUCAGUUGCAGGAGGAGACUGAGGAGUACGUAAAAGCGGCCUUCGCCGAGAAGGAUUGCCAACUAAGGGAACUCAACGAGGACUGGCAAAAUAAAUAUGACCAGCUCAACGAAAAGUUAUCUUCGUUGCGUAAAGAGCUGGAGGACGCGAUUGCAGAGAAAAAUGACCUGCUAAUGUCACGGGAUGCAGGCUCUUCAGACGACGAGGAUGAAGACGAUGAUGGAAGUGGAGAGGAUUCCACGGACAGCACCUCAUCGGCGUCGGAACUUGACUGGCAGGUUCAAGAGCGUGUCGAACGCUUCCGCGAAGAACUAACAAGAAUUCAUAGCAUCAAUACAAUCGAACAACGCACAGCGCAUGAAAAACAACUCGGCGAAGUUCGAGAUAAAUUGGAGCAGAAGAUUACGUUGCUGAAGAAGCAGCACGAGGAAGAACUGCGGGAGUUUGACCAGCUUCUCAAUGACGAACUAAACCGAGUUCAUAAAAAAUAUCAGGCCGAGUUGCGUCGCCUGCGCGAACAGGUGAGCUCUUCACCUGAUUGCGGGACCGGUGUCAUAAAGACAGAUAAAGGUGUUCAAGCAUUCAUCGGAAGAUCGUUUUCAUCGAGCGCCUCCUCGGCCAACGCUCAAGAGUAUCUAGAAGACAGCGAAAAGCUGGCAGAGUUUAAGCUACAACUCAGUGAAGUCCAGGACCAACUUCGUCAGAAGCAGGACGAAGUAAUCAAAGUUCGUACGGAGGCUUCUAACCAAAUCAGAAACGUCGAAUUGUAUUGGCAAGAAAGGCUCAACAAGGAAAUCAAAGAGCUGAAUAUGGCUCGUGAAAACGAACUUGCGGACAUACGGCACGAGUGCAAUAAACAAGUGAAACAGCUCACUGACAAGAUCAACUCGCUCCAAACGAUAAUGAAGUUAACCGGCCAGGAUCAGCCACUUGUUACGCCGAUUGUUGAGGAGCCUUCAUCCGGCGAAGAGGAUCUCGAGGCGACUGAUGAGGACGUUGAGUCGUUUGAAGAAGUCGAUGGUGAUGCUGACGACACCGAAGACGAUGAAGCCAAUGGCGACGGCGAUGAAGAGGGGGAGGUGGAGAUCGAGGAAAUCAUCGAGGAGAUCAUCGAGCUCAGCCCCUGCGCUCAGCGCGUUACCGCGCUCCGCCAUAACCCACUAAUUUUAAGCCCGUCGAGCAGUUUAGAAGGCGGUGGCGGCAGUGGACAGGUAGUCUUCCCGAGGUCCCUACUCAAGAAGUCCUCUUCAACGGGUGAUUGUCCAUCGGACGUUCGAGGCCCGCGUGGAUCGAAACGGGUGUCCUUUGCCGAAGACCGGGGAGACCUUCCAAUGCUUCUGCGCUAUAAUCCUGAUGUCUCAUGUAUGGACAUCCUACGACCCUUAGAGGAACAGUUUAUUUCAAAGAAGAAGCGAAGUUCGAUUAUUCGUCGUUCAGUGCGACGUUCGCAGGAGAAAGCCGAUGGGAUGGAUCACGAUCAGACACAAUUCUAGGGGAGCCGCUGUAAUGACCAGACAGAAAAGGAGUAGUCGGAUGUACAGAUUUUGUCCACACGUAACAUUAAAAAGCGACAAUGAAGGUGCUUCGAAAUUAGCUGCACACCUCUGGCGAGCGAGGAAUCAAUGAAGCCAGCAAAUUUUCUGAUCUGAACUUUAUAUCGACUGCUUGUGUCUCAUCGUUCGUGAGAUUCAACGAUAUCCGUUAUCGAUCGGAGAACAACGGUUCGAUAAAAGGCCCUAAAAUGAAGAUUUAAAAUCAUCCUUUUACCUUUGCUCUGAGACUUAACUGAUAUUAAGGUAAGCAAGUGCGGGCCACAGAAAUUCGAAAGCUUGCUAAGGCUCACCGCUGAGAAGGAAAGACGCAACAUCAUACGUUUUCACCCAAGGCAAAGGGUUCCUGCCAAUGUCUGUAUUUGCACAAAAGUAGAUGUUAAAAGCCUAAAUAUACUAAAUAAUACCUAACGAUGCGUAAGGCCAGCGUUGAUGCUUAAGUUCGUUAGAUUGACAGAGGGAAAGGUUGCGUCCUGCAAUCACCUGCUUUUGCUAGUUUGUAGAUUCUAUAACAGCCACAAUGGUCAAUGUUGAGCGGCCCAAAAGCUGUGCGUCAACGGAGAAUCUCAGAGUAUCUAUAUGGAUCUAGACUAAUUAAGCCCAUAGACGCUUUGUUGUCACGGACAAGAUGGCACGAUGACAAAGAACGGAAGAUAAGCAAACGAAACGUUGAAUUGAAUAAGCUUUCUUUGAUACAACCUUUGAUAAAGUAUAAUUACGUUUCAUAUUGUUCUUUGCAUUGGUUGGUAUUGAUAAAGUGCUUCUCAUGACUUGAGACGCUAUGUAUGACUAAUGGUCUUUUCUGAUCGGUCGAAGACGAAAUUUCGCAUGUUUUUAAUAACAAUAUAAGGACGAUAUUUUACCAUGAGUUUUUAGCUCGACGUCCACCGAAGUCGACCGCUAUCAAAAUGUCGGGGCUGACCAUUCGGGCGGAACAUGCCUGAGGUGUAUAUACAUGAACAUGUAAUGUACAUUGUAAUUCUCAUGUAAAUAAAUAUACGAAUUUGUAUUUAAUAGCUCGGC